AUGGACGAAACACACAGUUUAUUGUUAAACGAAGAGGCCCUCAAGGUCUGCCCCGAUCCCAAGAAACCUAUUUUUAUAUACGAAUGGCUACGUUAUCUCGAUAGUAUUUUGCCUGUUACUCAAAGAGUUGAUUUGAAAAGUGUUCAAGAACAGCUAUUGAAGCAGUUGGAAAGCCGUGUUCUUGCUGCCAAUGGUGCCCCUACUAGACUUCUCCUAGCCAGAUGUAUCGCUAGAGUAUAUGCUACUGGUGAUAGCUACUCUUUAUUUGGCACGAUUAAUAUGUGUAACGAUGUUCUUCGAGGGAAAGAUGAUUCUCCGAGUCAAUUACCCAUUAAAUUAAGUGCACUAGCUUGUCUCUCUGCGUUAUAUGAAAAUGUCGGUCGAUUAGUAGGAAGAUCGUAUGAAGAGACUUUCACUGCCAUGUGUAAGAUGAUGAAAAGUGCUGAGUCCCAAAUACGCACUGAGAUUCUGUCUACCAUGUCCGCCAUGAUCACGGGUUUAGGAGCGGGAGCGUCUAAUGUGCAUAAAGAUUUUUAUAAAGUCGCCAAAACUUACCUAACUGACCGAGCCCCUACUGUACGUGUUGCCGCUAUUCGGUGUCUCACUUCGCUUGUACCAUUAUAUCCUGUAAUAUAUACUACUGACUUAGAAGGAACAUGUACUUUAUGUGUUAAAGCCUUGGAUGGCUCAACUUAUGAAACAAGGCUUGCUGUAGCAAACUUAUUCGCUAUUCUAUUGUCAACUUCCCUUCAACCUCCUCCUGGAGCUACGAUGGGUGGCAAAGGAAAUACUAACAUCCCAAUUCGUCCGAUGCCAUUAGAAGAUGCUCUUCAGCUACUCUCAGCUGGUUUUCUCAGAGGAGGAAUAGGAGGAUUCCUAAAAGGAAACAGUGGCUCGGCUGCUGCUUCAGGUGGUCUGAGAGAAGUCAGAGUGGGAAUUGCUAUGGGCUAUGUUGAACUGUUUCGUGAAAUGGGGACCAAUUGGCUAGAGAAAAAUGUUGGCAUGAUUUGUAAGCAUCUUUUGGAUGUAUGUGCCAAAACUGGAGGCCUGGCUUUCACUAAUAGUAACUCUCAAGCCAAUGAGGCUGUCUCAAUGCGAGGAUGUAUCUCGUAUGUUUUUCGAGCCAGUAUUGGAACUAUGCUUAGCGAACAAGCUCAAAUCACUGCUUGCAAAUAUCUUGGAGCGCUCCUUUCCGAUUACAUUAAUUCCUUUGAUUGCUCGGUCGAGCCUGGAGUCGAAUCGGUUUUCGGUCCUGAAAUAUAUUCCUCUGCUCAAGCCUGCAUGGUAGCAUUGUUAGAGAUAUCUGCUCUAGUACGACAAAUUGGAACGGCAGUGACACCUUUAUUUGUUGAAGCAUCUGGUAUUAUGGAACCUGUUUUCGCUUCAUUGCUUCAUCCAGUUCAAUCUGUAAGAGUAGCAAGUGCGUGGUGUCUUCGCUGUGUUACUCUAGCUGUACCAAGUCAACUAACUCCGCUGAUCGAUAGAUGUCUCAGCAGGUUGGAACACAUGAAAGCUAGUACUGAUGCGAUCAGUGGUUACUCCUUGGCUCUGGCUGCUCUAAUUGCUGCAUCCGCAGACUGUAAACUUGGCAUUCCUCAUGCCAAACCCAAACAGGUUUUCAAUUGUGCUGAGGAAAUGCUCAAGACGGCAACUCAGCAGAGCCGUUUAGCCAUAGCUAAAAUAAAUGCUGGAUGGAUGUUAUUACAUUCUCUCGUGUCCCUAGGACCCUGUGUCGUUAAGAGUUAUAUGCCGAAGAUAUGUCAAAUGUGGAGAGCUGCUUUUCCUAGAAGCGCUAAAGAGGCUGAAAAUGAGAAAGGCAGAGGUGAUGCUUUCUCUUGGCAGUGCGCAUUGGAGUCUAGAGCUGGAGCUCUGUCUGUGAUGUGCGCCGCAGUAUCGCAAAAAGACUUAGCAGACGAUGAAAUUAUAAAAUCCGUUUUGUUGCCUGUAGAAUGCUCUUUAGUCAUGAUGUCACAAGUUGGAAGUUUGGUUCGUUCUUAUGGCAACAAAAUAAGACAGCUGUUGAGCUAUGUGCGCAUAAGAGUUUAUCAGUUGGUCAUUCAUUUGCCGACAAAAACAUAUGAGAAUGUUUACGCCGCUCUGUUGCGAGAGCUAGUUGCCGAUAUCACCCUUUCGGAUAACGUUCAAUCCAGUCAGACAUCAUCUUUACCAUCUCAGUUGACAGGAGGACCAGAAAGUGUACUAUUAACUCCUUGGUUCAAUGCAAACGAUCAAGCUUUGAUUGAAAAUCAGCUGCAAACAGGGAACAGUUGCGUCGGAUCUAUGGAAAAUGACGUCAUGUGCCUAAUAAGUGGUAAUGCUAAAGAUUUGCAUAGCUUAUGGCCUACUCCUGAUCCUCCUCAUGUUGCAUGUUUGGAUACAGCAGUGCAGGCUUACGCCAAAGUGUUCUACUUGGCACCAGCCAAGCAUAAAUUACAAAUAACAGAACAUUUUUCGGAAACCAUCAAAGGCUGUAAGCAAGUUGCAAGACAACAAGCGAUCCAACAGAACGUUGUGUGCGCUCUAGCCGGAGCAUUCAAAACUGUUUGCGAAUCUAGAUCUCGACUCGAUAAUGAAUCAUUGCAGAAGGCUUCACUAAAUAUUCUUGUAAAUGGUCUCAGUAGCCCCUCAGCGAUAUCCAGAUGUGUAUCUGCAGAAGCUCUCGGAAGACUUGCUCAAGCUGCUGGGGAUCCCCAGUACGUUGCAUCUAUUGCUCAAUAUUGUUUUGAUCGUCUGAAAACAUUACGGGAUUCAAUCAGCAGAUCAGGGUUUACCCUGGCUCUAGGAUGUUUGCAUAGACAUGUUGGAAGUUUAGGAAGCGGUCAGCAUUUGAACACUGGCGUGUCAGUGGUACUUGCAUUGUCCCAAGAUUUUUCACAACCACUUGUUCAAACUUGGUCCCUUGUAAGUCUAGCAUUGAUUGCCGAAACGGGUGGGGGAAUGUUCCGCGGCUACGUUGAGCCUGUUCUCAGCGUUUGUCUGAUACUUCUGCUCAAUACACAAGCUGGUAAUGUUGAUGUUGUUCAAGGAAUCGGAAAACUGUUGUCUGCGUUGAUGACCUGUGUUGGUCCUGAGUUGGGAUGCACUGGAGCCAUAGAAGGUGUGAGAGGAUCUUUGCUUGUUGCUUGUGCACUUCAAUUUUCUCAUCCUGACCCGUUGGUACGCUCCGAAGCGUUGGCCGGAUUGCAGCAAAUGCACCUCUACGCUCCUAGAUAUGUACAUUUGAAUAGGCUUGUUCAUGAUAUCUGCAGAUCUCUUUCUAGUAGACAUUUGUGUGUUCGGAAAGCUGCGGUGUGUUGUUUGAGACAACUUGUUCAACGUGAAGCAAAAGAAGUACAUGAGCAUGCUCAAGUUCUUGUUCCUCAAGGUAUGGUUGAUGAAGGCAAAAAACUUCCUUUACCUGACACGGGUUUGGAAGGUGCCCUCAUAAGUAUGUUGGACACUGAGACACAUUCACAAUUACGUCUUCACUUGGAGGAAACGGUGGUAUCGCUAGUUCAAGCGACUAAUGGAGAACUCUUGAGUCAAUGGCUAUCUUUGUGUAAAGAUAUCCUCGCUUCUUCCACUGAAUCUACUAAAGUUGCGCUCGGUACAGACGAUGCAACGGAAAAAGAGGAUGACGAGAAAGAAGAUGGAGGGGAUGACGAUGUCACAUUGGCUGUAAAAUCUAACAUUAUUGAUAAGGGCAAAGUUCAGCCUAGAUGGCCUACUAGAGUUUUUGCUACUCAAGUUGUUCAAAAGCUGAUGUCUGUUUGUGAUACUGAACGUGCUCACUUAGAUCUUGCUCUAGCUAAAGAGUUACAGAUGUCUUCAAACGGACGCUGUGAUUAUCUAGUUCUCCAUCUCUCCGAUUUGGUGCGAAUGUCUUUCAUGGGUGCCACCAGUAGCAACACCGAGUUGAGACUAGCAGGCCUACUUUCUUUACAGGAAGUCAUAAAUAGGUUUUCUACUGUUCCUGAGCCUGAGUUCCCAGGUCAUGUCAUCCUAGAACAGUUUCAAGCUCAAGUUGGUGCUGCCCUUCGUCCGGCUUUCACUGAAGACACACCGAGUCAUGUCACUGCUGCUGCUUGUCAAGUAUGUAGUACUUGGAUAGGAAGUGGUGUUGCUAGAGAUUUGAACGAUCUUCGCCGUGUUCACCAGCUUCUUGUCUCGUCUCUGGGAAAGCUAAAGCAUGGAUCAAUCAACACCCAGUUGUACAGUGAAGCAGCAGCCACUUUGGAAAAGGUUUCGAUUCUAAAAGCUUGGGCUGAGGUUUACGUGACCGCUAUUGAGCAAGAAAGUAAAAGUGAAAGUAAUAGAACAGACGACGAUAGCCCUUCCCCCAACGAGAGUCUAUUGUCUCUUGUGCAGCCUGAAUUGUCUUGCUUAAUAGGCUAUUGGCUGGCGGCCCUUCAUGACGCUGCCGUUCUCUCUCUCCCAGCAAAGUUUGUCAACCAACUACCUGGUGAUGGAGGAGCGUUCUUCAAAAUGGAAAGCUCUGAAGUUUGUCGGGAAUACUACAGGGCUGCUUGGCCUCCCAUCCUUCUUGCAAGUACGAUGUGGUUCAAACAAAACAGUUUCGAGAAAUGCGUUAAAACUGAGGCUCCUGAGACAUGGUCCAAUGAUAAAGCUGAGUCGCGCUUCCAUGUUAUGUUCGGGCUAGCAGUAGAAGCUCUUUGCAGCAAAACAGCCUUCAACGAUGACGCUACUAUCCAGAUGUGUUUGAAAUCAUUGACAGCACUCAUAUCAUGUGAAUGGUGUCAACUUCACUUGAUGUCUGACAUCCAACUUGCGAUUGAGUUGACAAAUGUACUUCACAGGCUUAUCCUUACGAGAGAUAACCUGUCUACGCAACAGUUGUGCAUGGAAUGUGCGAAUACUAUCCUUGAUGCUGCAUUCUGUUCAAUCCGUUUGUCGUCUUCUGCUGAUAUUGAAAAUGGCAAUAUAACUUCCCCAUUAGGUCAUCAUUUUGACGGUUUCAAAGGCGAAGAAGGAUCUGAGGGUCUUAAAUCGGGUACACUCACCUUCGGCUUGUUGGAACUAGUGUUGUGCCUGUUCAUAAGGCAGAUGCCCCAGAUCAAUUCCGCGCAGAUGAAGUCCAGAUCGGUAGCACCGCUUCAUUUACGUAGAUUUGGUAGAUUACCACCUGAGAGUGCUACACUAAUCAAAGGCGGCAUUCAACUGCUUGUUCAGCUCCCCAAUCUUUGUUGUUCGAAAGGGAAAGGUGUGGUACUUCCCGUAGUUCUGUACCUUUUGAUUGGAUUUAUUCGUGAGUCAGCUAGAAUCGAUGAAGGGUCUGUAGUUCCUGACUUACCACCUGGACAUCUCACAACUGUAGCUACGACAGCACUACAGGCUCUUCGUACCAUAGCUAGCUCCCCCCCUACUGAUGCAACCCUCGAGCAGUGGACCUCUUUGAUGAGAAGUGCUUUGUAUUCCAUGCUGUUGCUCUGUUCAGGUGCCCACAGAGUUGACGAAUGUGUGAUCAUGUUAUCUUGUGUCAUACUAGUGUCUUCAGCUCCUAAGUCUGUGAUAAUGGGACACUCGGACAGCUUGAAUCGUCUAGUGGUGAUUCUCCGGAACCAACUGCAAAGCGACAAUUAUCAAGUUGUGUGCAAAGCAUUGCAAUCUUUGAACUCUCUGUUUUCGCGGCGUGAUAUCAGUUCGCUUUUCAUUCAUAGACUUGGUAAAUACGCAUUCGAGCCUAUCAAAACAAUGGUCACUGGUGAGCAUGCCGGAAAUGUAAAGGACAUAACAGAUGACCAGUUGGCUGUUGUACAAGAGGCUGUGAAAACAAUGGAAGUUUUGAUUACAGCUGCGAAAGAAGAAAAACGGUUGAGCACGAUUUCUCUGCUCGUACAAGCUUUAUGUCGUAUGUUGUGUGCAACUUCUGCGGAUGAGUGGAGACAACUUUCUGCUUCAGCUCGGAGGUUACAAGAGUUCACGAUUACUCGUUUGAACGCUAUUGCACCGAAUUGGCCUAAAGAAUUCAAAAAUAUACUAAACGUCCAUCCAAAUGUAAAACAUCAACUUGAAUCAGCUUUACUGUUGCAAGCUAGUCGCCAGUCCCUCUCCCAGCAAUUAUCCAAAGCGAAAGCAAACGAAGCCAAGAUGAAUACAACACAUCAACCUAGCAUCAAAUUAACGAUGGAUUUUAAUGCUUUUGGAAAAGCUGCUUCCUAA